UCCCUUUAAGACAAAACAUAACAACUCAACAGCUGAUGCGAAACAUGGCGGCGGUAAACACAGACCCCAAAGCCACCGGAGAGCAAAUCAAAGCCAUUUUGCGCCGCUGCAGGGGUCGCCCGAGGCUGACCGACGCGGACCGGGCUCAGCGGCGGCUCGAGUCGCGGAAGAAGUACGAUGUGCGGCGCGUUUAUCUGGGAGAAGCGCAUCGGGUCUGGAGCGAGCUGCGCGGGCGCACGAGCCUGAGCGACGCGGGGCUCGCCGAGUAUCUGAUCCUGCUCGAUUCUGCAUAUGGAGAAAAAUACCAGCAGAAAUACGGCAAGAGAAAAACCCUUCCUGAACAAUGCAGCAGUCACAGGAAAGGGAAGAAGGUGUCUGCCACCAGUCUGCAGACCGUGGUGAGCUGGUAUCAGGGUCACUGUCAGUCAUGUCAGCAUGAGCCUGAGCUGCGGGCCGUGGAGCCCACUGUGGGAUUGUCUACAUCUGCACUGUGGCAGUGUGUGGCGGGGCAUUCGUUUGUGCAGAACCUGCCCUGGCCUGCAGGAGGCGAGUCCGAGUCAGACGUGGAGGACAGUGUUAUGGAGAAAGAUGAGGAGGACAGGCCUCCAGAGAAGAAAGCUGCUGUCAGUGAGAGUAUCAACACCCAAAGCAGGAAGCUGGAAAACCACGGGCAGCUGCAGGGUAUGAAAAUCUUACGCUGUGUUUAUAUCGUAUUUUCUCUGAUGAUGGUCUUGGAAGACGAUGAUCAUCAUGUGGAGCAUCAGAUGACAUGCACAUCCCUCAGUGAUCUCCCAGGGUCCCCUGCGGCCCACAGCAGUCCUCCCGCUCCCUCUGAGCGCUGUCUGAGCAGCCAGGCCGAGUGGGAGAUGGAGGUGCUCAUGGACCGAGAAGCCUCGAGUCAGGAUGCGGUGAGAGAGAGCGACCCUGUGAGGGAGCAGACGGACGCUUCGAGAACUUUAGAGAAGGCAGACAGCGGAGGCGGCUUGACGGAGAGUUACGGAUGUGUGCUUGUCACAGCACCCUUGACGGACGGACAGGAGAGUCAGGAUGGAGCCAGUUGUUCCAGAGAAGGCGGGGUGGAGGACGUUCCCUCGUUAGCAGCCGCCCCAGCGCAGAGCCAACUGUUUGAGAGUCAGGACCUGCAGACGGUGAUGGGCGGAUGUGAGCUGCCGGACCAGCGCUCCACACUGGGAGGAUCUCAGCUGAUCAUAAUUACGGGACCCAGUUACGAGGCUCUGACGUCUGAAGGCAUUCAGCUGAACGUGGGUGGUGGUGAUGUUGAGGAGGUCACAUGUACACUGAUCGGGGACGUGUCGUAUAAUCAGAUGUGUCAGACAGGACACAGCACCGAUCUGGCUGAGAAGCGGUUAUUGGAUCCCGGUGAAGAAACCCACUGUUCAGAAGAGCUUCAGCAGUCUCUCAGUAGGUCUAAGCGGAGCCGGCGGGGUCCAGUAAUCGAGGCGGACGGCAUGCUGAAGAUGUUCCACUGUCCGUAUGAAGGCUGCAGUCAGGUGUAUGUGGCUAUUAGCAGUUUCCAGAAUCAUGUGAACCUGGUGCACAGGAAGGGCAGGACCAAAGUUUGUCCUCAUCCAGGUUGCGGGAAGAAGUUUUAUCUCUCCAACCAUCUUCAUCGGCACAUGAUCAUACACUCAGGUGUGCGAGACUUUAUCUGUGAAACGUGUGGCAAGUCGUUUAAGCGCAAGAAUCACUUAGAGGUGCACAGACGAACACACACUGGAGAAACGCCGUUACAAUGUGAGAUAUGUGGGUAUCAGUGUCGACAGCGAGCGUCACUCAACUGGCACAUGAGGAAACACACGUCUGAAGCGCUUUUCAACUACACGUGCGAACACUGCGGCAAGCGCUUUGAGAAACUCGACAGUGUCAAGUUCCACAAACUCAAGAGCCAUCCAGACAAACAGCACACCUGAAAGACGCUUAAAGAAAAAAUCAUGAGUAUGUGAAAAGUUUUAUUAAGGCUGUGGAACAAAGUGUUUAUUUAGCAGUAAUUGCAUUUUUAGGUGCAUUUUUAUG